UACAAGCAGUUACAGCAGUGUAACCCGAGGGGAAAGGUAAUGGAGAGCAUUAGAAAUGCGGUUGGCCCGCCCCUGCCGAGGUCUAUUGUGAAUCCGCGUUCAGCUGGAAUCCACUCUUCCAGCUUUGGCACCGGAGUGGCGCACCACGACCCGCACAGCUGAACCAGGAGCGCGCCUUUGAAGAUGUUUGAUAGCCCGGCCGCGAUUUCUGCUUGGACGGAGCGGGGAAGGUUUUGGAGCCCUCUCCUCUCCUCUGGAGCGGGCAGCUUCCUGUUCAGCACCGCAGACAGAGGCACAGUUCGGCUUGCCCACACCCACCUUUUGGUCCACCUUACCCCCCCAUCCUUUCUCUCUUUCCGAGCGGAGACGCAGACUGAGAGACGAGCCUGCUGCCCGGUCGCCACCAUGAUAGCCACGGGCGGCCUGCUGCGCAUGAACAGGCGCCAGGACUCUCUCCGCUCCAAAAACCGAGCGGAGAACAAGCGCAAACGGAAAUCGAAGAAAAAGAAAAAGAACGACGUGGUGGUGGUGAAGGGGAAGCUCAACUUCUGCUCGCCGGCCGGUUUGGUGGCCGCCGUCGGGGUCAUGGUGCUCAUGGUUGGGAUCUCUAUGGCCGUGUUGGGCUACUGGCCCAGUCAGAACCAGCAGGACUACCAGGAGCGCCGGCGGACGGGAGCCUUCCACGGCAGCAGGAUGAGCUACUCCAGGAGCCCGCAGGCUUCAGCCAACUUGACCCACGAGAAGACGCCCUCCGGCCACGCCGGUGCGAACAACCAGAGCCAUUCCAACAGCAGCGUCGCCGACCCCUCCCCGAACUGCGGCUUCCUCUGCGACUUCCUGGAUAACUACCUGUACUCGGACAAUCUGAAGGUCUUCGGGCCGCUGGUGAUGGGAAUCGGCAUUUUUCUCUUCAUCUGCGCCAACGCGGUCCUCCACGAGAACCGAGACAAGAAAACCAAAAUCAUCAACCUGAGGGACAUCUACUCCACCGUGAUAGAUCUGCACAGCAUCCGCUCCAAGGAGUACUCGCCCCUCAACGGCCUGGUCAACUACACCCAGUCCAGGAGUGCGGAGGGCCCGUCGGCUUCCUUCCCGGCCAGCGGGAUGCACACCCGCAGCUCCUGGCCUUCCACGGGACUCAACUCGAAGGGGGAGUCCGACACUGACGAGGUGUUCCGGCGCGCGUCGUUGGCCGGCCGGCCGCGCAGCUGGUCCAGGGACGUCCAGACUUUUACGGACACUGUGUACAGCAUCUACAAAGACUAUAGCAAUAGCAGCGAGCAGGCCCCCCAGCAGCCCCGGCAGUGGGAGACCACCUCCAUCGUCACCUCCUCCGUGAAUGCUUUCACCCUCCCCGUCAUCAAACUCAACAACUGUGAGGUGGAGGAGUCCCAGCGGGCGGAGGGGCCCUCGCUGGAGGAGGUGGUCAUUGAGGCCGCCGCGCAAAGCGCCGGCGACGAGGGACAGGCCGGCCGGAGCCACGCCGAAGAGACGUUUGGCAAGCAGGGGGAGGGCGAGGGGGAGGUGCAGGGGGAGGUGGAGGGGGAGGCGGCGGCCGUUGACUCCCCGCCUUCCCGCCGGAGCCCCGAGGACGUAAGCACAGAGACGGCUCAUCAGCAGGGCGCGUCGCAGGCGCCACACUGGACCCAGCUGUCUCCCCCGGCGCCCGUCGCCACGGCGAUGGGCUCCGACACGUCGCUCGGCUCGCCGCGGCUGGUGCGGCGCUGCAGCCUGUCCGUGUCCGGGGGCCGCCAGGGCGACAGGGCCAGGCGCUUCAGCUGCCCCCGUCUGGAGCGCUCCAACAGCAAGGGCUACAUCAAACUGGCUGACCUGGGGGGCGAGUCCUUCGAGGCCCCCGACACGCUCUCGUCCUCGGCGGCCACGGAGCAGGAAGUAGCAGUGGACGUGGCGGGGACAGAAGAGCGAGCUCAGGGGGAGGACGCUCUGGUGACACCCAGCACCUCCGGAGAAUCUUAG